UGCGCUGAUAAAGUUUUCUGGUUUGGGAAGAAAGUUGGGGGGGGAAUGGCCAUGGAGUCGGUUUCCGUAACUCACACAAUCUCUGCAACGAAUCAAAAGAAUCCUUUUAGAAUUACACCAAUAAUUCAUUCAAGAAGAUUGUUUCACUUGCAAGCUGCUGCUCGUUUUCGCUUUGGGUUCAUCUCUUCCUACAAGAAAUCUGAUUUUCAAGAUUUUCAGGGUUUUGCAAAACCUUCACGGCUUUUUCCGUCCACGGAACCGAAAACCUUUACCGGAGCCUUGAAAGAAAAUAUCUUUCCAUCAACCGGCUUGGAUGGAGCUCGGACUUUGUUCAAAGUUAGGUUGCAAACGAGUAACAUGUACGGCUCGAGUUUGAGUAAUAUAAAUGCCGGAAUACUCUUGUGUUUGAUUGAUGAGAAAGGAGACUCAAUAUUAAAGAGAAUACCGGCAUAUUUGUUAAGUGAACAUUCUACGGAAUUGGAGAACACGGUGGUGCCUGAGACUCUCCAUUUCCAAAGAGGUUCCGUUGAUGAAUUUGUCUUCGAGGGGUCGGAAUUGGGGAAAGUUCAAGCUCUUUGGAUCGGUAUUGAAUCAGGUCAAUGGAGAUUAGGAGGUGUCAGCCUGGUCAUCCUUAAUCCAUCUCGAUCUUCCUCAGGGGGAAACUUUGAACAUAUUGGUGCUAAAUACGACUUUGAAGUUGACGAUAUGUUGCUCGGAGAGGGUGGUGACGAGUCCAUGGUAGAACUAAGACCUUGUCUCGUUUCCAAGUUAUCAGAAAACGAGGACUUUUCUCAACUAACUUCACCCUUGAGUGACAAGGCAUCUAAAGAACAAAGUAUGAAGGAAUAUGCAGAUUUGAAGUUCUCUUUGUUACUUUAUGAUGCCGUUCUUAUACUUUCCGGUACAUCAUUGGCAUCUUUCUCGAUCGGGGAAAGUUCUGCUUUUGCAUUCUUACUUGGUGGGAUCAUCGGUUUUCUAUAUUUGUUGCUAUUACAACGGUCCGUUGACGGUUUACCAGCUUCGGAAUUAAUAUCCAACAACCCAAAAGAUGAAACGGUUCGGUUUAAGGGUCCGGUAUCAAGUCUUGCACUGGCUAUAGCAGUUUCUUCAUUAGUAAUCAAAUACAGCAUAGGAGAAGGUCCAUUUGUGUUGACUCCAAAAGAACUUUUGGUCGGAAUGAUGGGAUUUCUUGCAUGUAAACUGGCUGUCAUUUUGGCUGCAUUUAAGCCCUUGCGUGUGAGUAUUGAAAAGAGAAAAUGAGUCCCGAAGAAAAUUCCAUAGAAACCCUUGUAUUAAAAGACAAAUUACUUUUUACUCCAUCUACUUAAAAAAUAAAAAAUUAAUCCUUGUACGUAAAAUUAAAAAAUAA